UUGCGUGCUGCCCUCCCGAACUGAUGAGUAUUAAUAGGGGAGCUACUUCAGCUGGAGCGAACAGUAGUGACCUUCAUCUCAUCUCACGCACGAAACUGGGAAACUAGCCACAUUGCACCAUGGCAAAAGCUCUCUUUGGUUUACUGCUCACUUGUUUUUUUCUGGAAGCCAUGACUGCUUCAUUUAAGGGGGAAGAGCCUUGCUCCCUGGAUGUUGCUGUCCUGAUAGAUGUGUCACGAAGCAUGGACAGUAAAGAACGAGGUCAACUAACCGACAUCUUCAAUAGGACUGUGGACAAAUUGAAUGUAUCUUCAAAUGGAAGCCACAUGGCCGUUAUAACCUUUGGAUCGGAUGCCAAGAGCAGUUUUACAUUUGCAGACAGAAAUUACCACAAUGCCGACACCAUAAAAGCAAAGGCAGCGGAGGCAAUAUCUUAUGUACCGAAACAUGACGGAACCCGUACAGACCUUGCCGAAGACCUGGCAGUGAAAGAAGUGUUCACCAGCAGUGGAGGAGACCGACCCAGUUUCGGCAAUGCAAUGGUUAUUCUUACAGAUGGAAAAUUUUGGAUUAAUGAAACAUGGGAUAAAAGGGCAGAAAUUGACUUCAAUGUCACAACGCGAAACUUGAAGGUGAAAAAAUGUAACAUUGAAUUUAGCAUUGUUCAAGGUUUGUUUCAGCUAAUGUUAGGGAUGUUAAUAUCAGCGCUAUUUUAACUCACUCCUCUCGCAUGGAAA